AUGACUCGUUUCUUCUCUUGUGGAAGCUACUUCCCAGGCUAUCCUUGCUAUGGAACCAACUUCCACAGGACCUACAGAGCCACACCCCUGAACUGCGUCGUGCCCCUGGGCUCUCCACUCAACUAUGGUUAUGGAUGCAAUGGCUAUGGCUCCAUGGGCUACAGCUUCGGAGGCAGCAACUUCAGCAACCUGGGCUGUGGCUAUGGUGGCAGCUAUUGCAGGCCAUGGGGCUCAGGCUCUGGCUUUGGCUAUAGCACCUACUGA